AUGGCAGAAUUCCACAAUGCCACCAAUUGCCAAGUAACUGAAUCUUCCCUAAACUCCACCCUCUUCACAAAUCCACAACCAACUCCCGUAAAUGUCUUCGUUCUCGAAGUUUCCUCUUCUCCGCUUCCUCUCCACCCUUCAAUAAUCGAAAAGACAUUCGAUCUUCCUCGCCCUGUUAACGAUUCAGAGGUGUUAAUCUUCCAAUCCGAAAUAGGUACAACAAUUGCGGGGUUUGUGUUAUUCUACCCGACUUACUGCAGCUUUUUUGGGAAGCCUGGAUUUAGAAUUCAGGAUUUGUUUGUAAGGGAGAGUUAUAGGAGUUUAGGAUUUGGGGAAUUGUUAAUGAAAGCUGUUGCAAAUGAAGCUGUUAAUUUGGGAUAUGUGAAAGUUGAAUGGAGUGUGGUUGAUUGGAAUGUUGGUGCAACUAAGUUUUAUGAGAGGAUUGGUGCUUGUGUUUUGGAGGAUUGGAAGACUUUUGAACUUACUAAUGAUGCACUCUUCUCUUGUGGAAAGCUUCAUUAA